AUGAAAAUUCGUUCAAAGGGCCGCGGUGCUGGGCGGAUCAAUGUCAUCGAUGGCACUGGUCGAGAGCGUGAUGUGCCGAUAGAAUGUGCCUUGUUCGUUCCGGAAAUGAAGUCCAAUUUGCUUUAUGUGAAAAAAAUCGUGCGAAAAGGAUUCGUUGUAAUAUUCGAUGCCAUCGGAGCGAAAAGUAGUUUUGGGGAUAUCAAGUUUUACUUGGACAUUGAAGUCGAGCGAGAUAAUUAUGGAGAUUUCUUCAUCAGUCAGCGGAAGUACAUUGAUGAUGUCGUACGUUCUGUUGGUUUACAGGAUGCAAAAGUUUCAACCGUGCCAAUUGAUCCUGGAUAUGGCAAUACAGAAGAAGAUGAGCUCUUGUUACCUAGCAAUCAACAAUAUCAAAAGGUGGUUGGUCAAUUGUUGUACAUUGCAGUCAACAGCAGACCAGAUAUCGCAGCGGCCAUUUCCAUCCUUAGUCGUAAGGUAAGUUGCCCGACCCAAAGAGACCGGAACGAGCUGAAAAGAAUGGUUCGCUACCUGAAGGGGACUAGUGGUCUGAAGCUUAGACUGAGCAGCAGAGGUGACUCUUCUGCCCUGAUUGGAUUUGCUGACGUCGACUGGGCAGAAUGUCGUAGCGAUCGAAAAUCUAACAGUGGAUAUAUCUUCAAGUACAGCGGCGGCACUAUUUCAUGGGCUUGCCGGAAACAAUCUUGCGUUUUAUUGUCUACAGCAGAAGCAGAAUUUGUAGCGCUUUCAGAAGCAUCCCAAGAGGCAGUUUGGCUGCAGAGACUGUUACAUGAUCUGGGAGAGAAAACCGAAGUUGCGUUGUUCGAAGAUAACCAGAGUUGUUUGAAGAUGCUGGAAUCCGACAAGUUCAGUAACCGUACAAAACACAUUCCGACGAAAAUCCAUUUUGCCAAAGAUUUACAGAAUUAG